AUGUAUCUGUUUAUUUGCUUUUACCUCCUUAUGAGUUUUUUUGAAGAAGUUCAUGGCUUUUGUCCUUCACAAUGCACUUGCGUUUACCAUGGCAGAAGUGAUGGCACUGGAACAAGGUCUGUACUCUGUAAUGACCCUGACAUGUAUGAGAUCCCUGUGAAUGUUCCUGUGGAUACUGUAAAACUUCGUAUAGAGAAAACUGUCAUACGAAGGAUUCCGACUGAAGCCUUUUACUACCUGGUAGACCUCAAAUACCUGUGGGUCACUUACAACUGUGUAGCCAACAUUGAUAUCAGCAGCUUUUAUAACUUGAAACAGCUGCAUGAGCUGAGGCUGGAUGGUAAUCUGCUUUCAACUUUCCCUUGGGAAUCCCUGGCAGAGAUGCCCAAUUUACGGACUCUUGAUCUCCACAACAACAAGUUGACCAGCAUUCCUGCUGAUGCUGGCCGCUACCUGAGAAACCUCACCUACCUGGACCUAUCCAGCAACAAGCUGACAACCUUGCCAUCAGACCUCAUGGACAUUUGGCCCCCCUUCUCAGGAGCUAUCGUGUCCAAGACCACAGACAUUCUGGUGACACAGAGAGUAAUCUUGGGUUUUCAGGACAACCCAUGGUUUUGUGACUGUCGCAUUUCAAAGCUGAUUGAAUUUUCCAAAAUUGUGGACACCUCCGUUGUACUUCUUGAUCCAUUGGUUUCGUGUAGUGGACCUGAGAGCCUGGCAGGAAUCUUGUUCCAGAGAGCUGAGUUAGAGCAGUGUCUUAAACCAUCUGUGAUGACCUCAGCAACAAAAAUCACCUCCCCGCUGGGCAGCAACGUCCUGCUACGCUGUGACGCCACGGGGUACCCCACACCACAGCUCACUUGGAAUAGGUCAGACAAUAUUCCAGUGAACUAUACAGUAAUUCAAGAAACUCCUGGAGAGGGUGUCAGGUGGUCCAUAAUGAGCUUGACAGGAAUUUCUUACAAGGAUGCAGGAGAAUACAGAUGUAAAGCCAAGAACUUGGCAGGAAUGUCAGAAGCUGCCGUGACUGUCACAGUGGUUGGUGUAGUCACUACAACUGUGUCACCGCAGAAGUUUGGGAGGAAGCCAGAGGCUGAGAGGCAGAAUACGACUCAGGAGGAAUCCAAGCAGGAACCCGAGAGGACAACCACGCCUCUUCCCAUCAAACUGACCACCACAGCUCUGGUUAGCACUGAAAGAUCAACCAGCAUGACUUUUACUGACAGAAAGCAAUCUAGGCUCAUGUUAGAUGGAAAGAAAGUUUCAAAGGCAGUGACAAAUGGAAACAAAAAGCAGAUUGGAGAUUUAAGCAAAAAACGUGAGGAUACUUCAUUGAAUACAGCAGGUACGGCUGAGCAAAAUGUUACUGUGAAGAACCUAAGAGUGAUCAGUGAAUCUGAUGAAAGAGUGACCUUAACUUGGAAAACUGUCAAUGCCACAGGCAAUUCUGCUGUGACUGUGUUAUACUCCAAGUAUGGUGAGAAAGAUAUGUUGCCUCUCAGCACUGAUUCUAACAAAAACAAAGUCACAAUCGAUGGUCUGCAACCUAGUACUCAAUAUAUGGCAUGUGUCUCACCCAAAGGCGUGCCACCGACAAAAGAGCAGUGUGUUGUUUUCUCCACUGAUGGGUUAAAUGAUGAAAGCAGCUCUGAGUUUUCUAUUCUGAUAGUGGCCAGCAGUGCAGCAUGUGUGGUUGUUUUACCUUUGAUAUUUUUCUUACUCUACAAAGUUUUAAAACUUCAUUUGAAACCAAAAUCUGCAAAGGAAGCUGAACUUGCAAAAGAGACUUAUGUGCAAUUUGAAACACUGUCGCUGAAGCCUCGAACACUGGGUGCAGGAGAUCAGCUCUGGGCACGAAGGUACACAGAUGAGUCAGAAAGACUUCUCCUUUGCUCAAGGUCAAGCAUGGAUUCUCAAAUGACCUUCAAAAGUGAGGGCUCCAGGUCUGAGUAUCUGUGCUGA